AUGAUGUUUCGUGUUUCCCACACAAACCCUAGCCGCUCUCCUCAGUCGCCUUCUCCCCCUCUCUCCCUCUUCCGUCCGAUCGUCGUACCGAUCCGAUGCCCAUCCCAUCUAUCUUCUUCCUCUCUUGAUUCAGGCUUGCUGUCAAUUCAACUAAGUUUUCAGAUAUCAAUCUCGUGUCCUUUAGUAUCAGGUUUAUCCUGUUUGGAAAUGGUACGAGAAGUAGGAUUUGUCUUUCCACGACUAGCUUCAAGGAGUGGCAUGACAAUACUAGUGUUGUGGUCGCCAGAUUGGAUAUUGCUAGGACCUCCCUGAUUUAACUGGUAUUUUUGUCUCUGGUUGCAAGCAUUUUUCCUCUUCUGUAUAUACAUCCUUUUAUUACUUUGUUUUCUGUCUUGUUCA